CAGAACAGAAGAGAGCUGUCAAGCUGUGAGGAGGCAGCGGAGAGACGACUUAGUUUUUUCUUGGAAUACAUUUUCCCCGCCAUCUCUGAAGCCCACACACACACUCAAAAGAUAUAAACACACAAACACACAGUAAAGUGUGUGUGUGAGUGCUGCUGUUAGGAGCUGUGAAUUAUUUCCAGGAUCUGGACUUACUCAAGCCUGACUCAAGACACAAGACUGUUUGGAUUCAGCAUCUUUGUUACUUGAACUUGGACUAAAAGUGUGUAUCGCUGUGUGAGUGUGCGAUCACCUGAAAAGAAACACAGAUUUGGACUGACACUGUGUUGGCACUGGUUAAUUGCCUGAAUUUGUAAGAUUGGACUUGUACACUUGGACUCAGUAUGCGAUCCUGUGUGUGUGCGUGUAGGAGGAUGUGUUGGCCGGUGACAGCGCUCCUGCUAGCCCACCUCGGGGCUACCUUAACGGGGGCAUGGAGAGCAUCUCAACCAAGGCUGCAGUUCACACACUCCGAGCUGAUCCAGAAUGGCCGCCUGCUGACACUGCCCCUGGUGGCCGGAGACCUGCACUCCCUGCUGCCUGACGAAGACAGGAGGCGUCUGUACGUGGCCAUGAAAGAUAACCUGCUGUCUACCAGUCUGGACGACAUAACGCAGAACCCACACAAGCUGUACUGGCCAGCCAGUCCAGACCGCGUCCAAGAAUGUCUCAUGGCUGGGAAGGAUCCAGAGUUGGAGUGUGCUAACUUCCUGCGAGUCCUGCAGCCUUUUAAUCAGACUCACCUGUACGUUUGUGGCACCGGAGCAUUCAACCCCAGAUGUGCUUUCAUAGCGACCAGCGUCUUCCAACAGUCAGAGCACCAAACACUCUCCUACAGUCAAACAGAGUGUGGGAAAGGGAAAUGUCCCUACGAUCCUUUCCAGAAAACAGCCUCCGCUGUCGUUGAUGGAGAGCUGUAUGCUGGGAUCACCUCAGACUUCAUGAGCCGGGAUUCUGCUUUCUUCCGUAGUCUCGGCAGCCGCCAUGUCAUCCGCACCGAGCAGUACGACUCCACCUGGCUGCAGGAUGCCCAGUUUGUGCGGGUAGCGCCACUGUCUGAAACUGAUAACCCAGAAGAUGAUAAGGUCUACGUGUUCUUCACCGAGCGCGCUCAGGAGGCAGAAGGGGCUGCUGGGAAGGUGCUCUACUCCAGAGUGGCGCGUGUGUGCAAGAAUGACAUCGGAGGCCAGAGGAGUUUAGUCAAUAAGUGGAGCACCUUCCAGAAGGCUCGUCUGGUGUGUUCAGUCCCAGGACCAGACGGCUUACAGACACACUUCGACCAGCUGCAAGACAUCUUUAUCCUCCAGGGGAAAGAUAAGAAGAACCCGCUCAUCUAUGGCCUGUUUACCACCUCUAGUGAUAUCCUGAACGGUUCAGCAGUGUGCGUUUACCGAAUGGAGGAUGUGGUUCGAGCUUUCAAGGGAAACUUCCUUCAUAAGGAGGGACCUCAGUAUAAGUGGGCAGAGUUUACAGGCAAGGUGCCCUACCCGCGACCAGGAACUUGUCCCAGCAGCACGUAUGGAAGUUACAGCUCGACCAGAGAGUAUCCUGACGACGUCAUCUUCUUCAGCAGGACUCACCCGCUGCUGCAGGAAAAUGUGCUGCCACUGGGAGAGCGCCCCCUCCUAGUCAGAGUGGGUGCUCACUACAAGUUCAGCAAACUGCUGGUGGACAGAGUUGAAGCUGUGGACGGCACCUACGACGUCCUGUUCAUUGGCACAGACUCAGGCCUCGUGCUGAAAGCCAUCCAUCUGCCCAGAGAGCACGGUCAGGGUCAGGAGGUCACUCUGGAGCAGUUGCAGGUCUUUCAGCACAAAUCACCAGUGACAGCCAUGACGCUCUCAAAGAAGAAGCAGUGGUUGUUUGUGGGCUCCAGGGAGGGUGUGUCCCAGCUGGCCCUGUACCAGUGUGAGCUGUACGGUCAGGCCUGCGCUGAAUGCUGCCUGGCCAGAGAUCCCUACUGCACCUGGGACGGACACGCCUGCAGCCCCUACAUGCCCACCGUACGCAGAAGGAAUGCUCGUCACUUAGGGGAGGAAGAGGAUCCACUAACUCAGUGUGUCAGACAGGGAGCUGGGCUGCAGGUGGAGGCGGAACAGAGAGUGAUGAUGGUUGCCGAGGGCAACAGCACUUACCUGGAGUGUCUACCCCGAUCCAGACAUGCUGCCGUUACCUGGUACAAACAGGCUGGAGAGAACAGUCCUGAACUAAACCAGGUGGUAACAGGUGACCAGCUUGUGGUGAUCGAGCGGGGCAUCCUGAUCCGUCAAGCUGAGCUGUCUCACGGCGGAGUCUACCACUGCCAGGUGGAGGAGCACGGCUACCACUGGACCGCCGUCACUGUCCGCCUCGCCGUCUGGAGCCCCUCAGCCAACCGCGUCCUCGCUUCCUGGUCCGCCUCCUCCUACCAGAGUGCGGGAACACAGCCUUGGUACGAGGAUGUGAUGGCACUGAUUCACCCUGGAAACCUCGGGCAGCACUGCCGGGCGCUGGGAUACCGCCCCCCACGCAACCAGCGUCGCCACGGUGAUGUCGUGGCGGAGCCCAACAAGGAGAAAGAGAGGGGGCAGAGGCACAAGCAUGGGGGAGGAAGGGGAGGAGGGGGAGGAGGAGGAGGGGGAGGAAGAGCAGCGGGGAGGAAGAGCAGGAGCAAGCCGCAGCAGAGGGCACCAAGGAGCGCUUGA